AUGUCCAACGCAGUAAAACGACUAGUUCCUUUGCUCGAUCGCGUUCUUAUCAAACGAGCUGAGGCGCUAACGAAAACGGCAGGGGGCAUCGUGAUUCCAGAAAAAGCACAGUCUAAAGUUCUUCAUGGCGAAGUAGUUGCAGUGGGAACUGGCUCCAGAAAGGAAAACGGAGAGUUCAUUCCAGUCUUAGUAAAGGUCGGUGAUAAAGUUCUGCUUCCCGAAUACGGCGGCACCAAAGUUAGUCUAGAAAACGACGAGAAGGAAUACCAUCUCUUCAAAGAAUCUGACAUACUGGCGAAGAUUGAAAACUAG